UAGUUCUCAUCGUACCGUUUUGCACAAUUCAUUCGAACAUUUCAUACAGUUGGUGAACGCUACUCCAAUGAAUAGGAAGAAGUGCGCAUUCACUGUUAACGUUACGAAUUUGUUUUUGUAGCUAACGUGGACAUUCGAAAGAAAAUUGUCAGUAAUAAGUUUGUAAACCAAUAAAUUGAGUUGUUAAUAAUUGAUUCCAAUCAUCAAGUUGUGAAAAUAUUUGGCAUUUUUGUGGUUGUACAAUCCAAGUAGUCCUUGCGUUAAGUGAUAAAGUAAAAGAUACAAUUGAAGUGGGAACAAAUGAGCUGUGUUUGGUGCUGCCAAUUCUCAUAUUGAAUCUGUAAACAAAGAUAAAAUACUACGUUUUACAAAUAAAACAUAUAGUAGAUAGAAGCGACGGGGAAAAUGACAGAUUCACAUAAAGGAAAUUAUUGUUUGGAAUGUGAUGCAAAAAAUGGUGAUUGUAGUGACACCUUUAAAUAUACCAACGAUUCGAAUAAGCUACGCGAUUCCGCUAUCGGAUAUAUCGCUCAAAAUGGUUCAUCUCACAUCGAGAAUAAAACGAAACACACUGAGAAUCGAUACAUAAGUAGUUCGAAUGCCUGCAGAAUGUCCACCAUGACAGCUGAAACGCCGAAAAUUGUAUCAUUUGAUCAGCAUACAAAUCCGUUUGUAUUCAAAUGUGAGAUGGAUUUUUUUCGGAAAAUUAGGACGGCAAUAUUUACGAUUUUCAUUGUGCCAUGUCGACUACUUAUAAUCACCAGUUUACUGAUUAUAGCAUGGAUUUUAGCAACUAUUGGAUUGUGGGGUUUGACGAUGGAUGAUCUGAAUGUAAAACCAAUAUCAGGAUGGCGAAGGAUAAUUCAAGUUGUUGCUGCCCAAGCAAUGUAUGGAAUGUACUUUUUUGGAUCUUUUCAUGGAGUAAAAAUAACUGGUCAACCACAAGCCACGUCAAAAGAAGCUCCAAUUUUGGUAUUGGCACCUCAUUCAUCAUUUUUUGAUUCGAUUUCUGUCGUUUUGUUUGGACCACCAUCUGUGCUAGCAAAGGCUGAAACUGCUUCGCUACCAUUUUUGGGAAAAUUAAUCAAUUUCACACAACCAAUUUAUGUGUGGAGAGAGGAUCCGAAUUCACGGCAAAAUACUAUUAAAACGGUUAUAGAACGAGCAAAUUCACGAGAUGAUUGGCCUCAGAUUAUCAUUUUCCCAGAAGGAACUUGUACGAACCGAAGUUGUGUACUAUCAUUUAAGCCCGGUGCUUUCUACCCUGGCGUGCCUGUGCAACCCGUGUGUAUACGCUAUCCAAACAAAUUUGAUACUGUGACAUGGACAUGGGAAGGUCCUGGAGCAUUAAAACUGCUAUGGCUUACAAUGUGCUCAGUUUAUACGAGAUGUGAACUUGAGUUUUUGCCGGUAUAUUUGCCAACGCAGGAAGAAAAAAAUAACCCGAAGCUCUAUGCAACAAAUGUUCGAAAUGUCAUGGCAAAAGCAUUAGGAUUGCCAACAUCUGACUUGACAUACGACGAUUGUAAAAUGAUGAUCCGUGCCAGACAAAUGAAUCUUCCACACUUUGAUGAUAUUGUGGAAAUUGAAAAGCUCAGACAAAAAAUUGGUUUGACUUUAACAAGUAUUGAAGAGCAAGUGGUGGCAUCAAGCUUGGUGCAUGAAUCAAACUGUAUAGUUUCGAUUCCUGAGUUUGCAUUACGUCUACAGAUUUCCGUUGACGAUCCAAUAACUGCUGAACUAUUCCGAAUUUUCGACACGGAAAUGUCCGGAACUAUUGAUUUUCGUGAAUAUUUGCUGUGUGCUGUGUAUUUAAUAAAACAAAGUGUGCCUACAAUGGACCUCAUGCAAAUCGUGUCAAGAAUGUAUGACAAUUGCGGCAAAGGAGCAGGUCGUCUCACGCGCACAGCACUUGUGCAUUUAUUGAAGCACACUAUUGCUGCUUCAAUCGAUGAGUGUGUAGAUAUUUUCGCUGAUAUCGAUUUUGAACGAAGAGGUUUUGUUACAAUAGACAAUUUGCGUGAAUAUUUCGAAAGCAAGCCUGAAUUUGCACACCUGUUUGAAAUUCCCACGACAGCAAAAAAAACCACACAAUCUUCAACAACAAAACCAAAGAGUCAAUAGAUUAUUUUAAUUAUUUAUUCUAUUAAUUUUAUUGAACCAUGAUAAGCAAAAAAUUAGUUUCAUAUGUCAAAUUUAAAUGAAUUUUUGAAUUUAAUUCACAUUAAAAACAAUGUAUAAAAAAUAAUCUUUGUGAAAUAUUAUCUCCCAUUCAAAUACAUUUUUGAAGUAAAACAAAGUUAUUAUGAUGAAGAAUUUUGUAAAAAGUUUGUAUUACAAAGAUUUAAAAUGAACAUUUAUAGCUAGAAAUUGUAUUAUAAAUUUGGGAAAAGAAAUACAAUAGAUUAUAUGUUCGUUAGCAAAUACGAAUCUUAAAAUUGAAACUAUCAAGUGCAUUGUUUAAUUUGAUUUAAUUAGAGUAGCAGUUCUUUGACAUUAUAUAAAUAUGUAGUAAAAAAAGGCAGUAGCACAUUAACUAACUUAUUUAUAAAAUUAAUAUUUAUCACAAAACUAUCAAAGGAUGGCAUUGACAGUAAAAUUUUAAUGGUCUUCGAUAAAAAAAUGAGUGUUUUUCUAAUUAGUGAAAUUACACUUACGGAGUAAAUGAUUGAAAAAAUAAAGUAACAAUUUGUCAAUACAUAAA